UUCAACCCACUUCAUCAUUGUGUGUCUGUUUCCUCUGAAAACCCAUUACUUUACCAGCUUCCUUCUCAUUAAUUGCUUUUAUUUUUUCCACAAUGGAGUUAGGAAGUAUACUCCACUUUCUUCAGGACAAAACCAUUUUAGUCACUGGAGCCACUGGCUUUCUUGCAAAAAUCUUGUUGGAGAAGAUAUUGAGAGUUCAGCCAAAUGUAAAGAAGCUUUAUCUUCUUUUAAGAGCUGCAGAUGCCAAAUCUGCUGCUCAUCGCUUGCACAAUGAGAUAAUAGGGAAGGACUUGUUUAGAUUGUCAAAGGAAAAUUUGGGUGCAAAUUUUAUCCCCUUAAUUUUGGAAAAGUGUACUCUGGUACCUGGAGACAUUUCUCUUGAAGACUUGGGAGUGGAGGAUUCUAUUCUUAAGGAAGAGAUUUACAAUCAAACAGAUGUUAUUGUUAAUUUAGCUGCCACUACUAACUUUGAUGAAAGGUAUGAUAUAUCCUUGGGCCUAAAUACCUUUGGAGUUAAGUAUGUAAUCGACUUUGCCAAAAAAUGUACAAAACUCAAGGUUCUUGUGCAUGUAUCAACAGCAUAUGUAUGUGGUGAGGAAGAAGGGCUAAUAUUAGAGCGCCCUUAUCACUUGGGCGAGUCACUAAAUGGAGUGCCUGGAUUAGACAUUGAUGCAGAAGAGAAAGUUGUGAGGGACAAAUUGGUUGAGUUAAGACAAGUGGGAGCAUCAGAGGAUGAAAUUAAAGGGGUCAUGAAGGACUUGGGCAUUAGCAGGGCUAAUUUUUAUGGAUGGCCAAACACAUACGUAUUCACCAAGGCAAUGGGAGAGAUGCUUGUGGGUCAACUCAAAGGAAACUUGUCAGUUGUUACUGUUCGUCCUACCAUUAUUACCAGUACAUUUAAAGAACCUUUCCCUGGUUGGGCUGAAGGUGUAAGAACUAUUGACAGUUUAGCUGUAGCCUAUGGGAAAGGAAAAUUAACAUGCUUCCUUGGAGAUCUCAAGGCAGUGGUUGAUGCGAUACCCGCUGACAUGGUGGUGAAUGCAAUACUAGUGGCCAUAGUGGCUCAUGCGAAUGGUCCUAGUGAUAAUUGUAUAUAUAAUAUCGGUUCUUCUAUUAGAAGACCUCUCAGAUAUGGCGAUCUUCAAGAUUUUGGCUUCAAAUACUUCUCAGCAAAACCAUGGAUAAACAAGGAUGGAAAGCCUGUCAAGGUUGGCAAAGUUACUGUAUUGAGCAACAUGGAUAGCUUUCGGAGAUACAUGUUCAUUCGCUACCUGCUUAUGUUAAAGGGUCUUGAGCUGGUUAAUACUGCAUUCUGUCAGUUUUUCGAAGGAACAUAUCUUGAUCUCAAUAGGAAAAUCCAGAUUGUGAUGCGAUUAGUGGACCUUUACAAGCCUUACUUGUUCUUCAAGGGCGUAUUUGAUGACAUGAAUGUAGAGAGGUUGCGAGUUGCUGCAAGACAGGGUGGGGUGGAGACAGAUUUGUUUUACUUUGACCCUAAAGUGAUCGAUUGGGAAGAUUACUUUUUGAACACCCACCUCCCUGGUAUUGUGAAGUACAUUUUCAAGUGAAGUCAUAAAGGGAGACAAGUAUAGAUAUAUAUACAUCUUUCAUUUGUUUUGUGAACCUUGUAACUUUAAUAAGUUCAGAUUAUUUAUGGUAGAAGAAUUACAUUACAGUUCUGCAUUUGUUUCUUGAUGGCAGGUAUAGAUGUUGUGCCAAUUAUGUUUCAAAACUUUGAUCAAGUUAUCCAAUAUCAUAUAUGUUACUUGUGUC